AUGGUGAAGUUCCUGCUCCACAAGUAUCGAGCCAAGGAGCCAACCUCCUAUGCUGAAUUGCUGAAUACAGUCCUCAGGGAUAAUCAGGAGCACUACCCAGUGGUCUUCUGCCAAGCAUUUGAGUGCAUUCUGCUGGUGUUUGGUGUGGAAAUGAAGGAGGUAGACCCCAGGAAGCACAUCUACAUCAUGGUCCCCAACCUGGGACUCACCUGUGAUGCAAUGCAGAGAGGUGGGCAGGGCCUGCCCAAGACUGGCCUCCUGGUGGUGGUCCUCAGCCUGAUCCUCCAGAAUAGCGAUUGCAGCCCUGAGGAGGAAAUCUGGGAAGCACUCAACAAGAUGGGGCUGUAUGUUGGGAGGGAGCACUCCAUGUUUGGCGAGCCCAGGGAGUUGCUAACCCAAGUGUGGGUGCGGGAGGGGUACCUGAAGUACCGACAGGUGCCUAACAGCGACCCUGUUCGCUACGAGUUCCUGUGGGGUCCCCGGGCCUUUAUGGAGACCAGCAAGGAGAAAUUCAUGGAGUAUCUGCUCAAGGUCAACCGAAGGGCUUUUAGGUCCUUCCCACUCCCUUCUGCAGAGGCUGUGAGGGAGGAGGAAGAGGGCCCCUGA